AUGAAGAUCAACACAGCCGUCAUCGCCCUUCUGGCAGCAACCACAGCCGCCGUGCCCAUCGACACGACCGAGCCAGCAGCGACAUCAACCACCACAGCCGCGGACGUCCAGGCCUGCAUGAUGCCCAACAAAUGCGGACCAGUGCUCAACAACAAGAUAGCCCCCGCGACGUCGGAGCCAGCAGCGACAUCAACCACCACAGCCGCGGACGUCGAGGCCUGCACGGUGCCCAACAAAUGCGGACCAACGGUCACCGACAAGACGGCCCCCGCGACGCCGGAUCCAGCAGAAACAACGGCCACGUUCGAAGCCUGUGUCAUGCCCGACGGAUGCUCAAACAAGCUCCACGACAAUGCCGGCUCCACGGGGCUGUCCCCACAGGUUACACCACCGCCCAUCAACUAA